AUGAAAUCUCAUUUUAUACCUGUAGAUAAGGAGCGGAGUAUUCGUGGUAAACUUUCUAUGAGAUUCUAUGGGACAACAUUUGUGCACUCUAAUCAUGUAGAUCAUCAUCAAUCUAUACGCGUGUUGGAAG